AUGCUCGCCGCACACCUGAAGACCGCGCUUCGGCGCCUCCCUCGCUCUUUCCAUGCAUCAACUGGAUCCCCACUUCAAGCCGCGUACACUCAACGAAGUCAUCACCAACAAAGACCUAUAACUUCCUGGAAACUGGGCGUCAUCGGAGCGUUCACUGCGGGUCUAACUGCGUCCACUGCGCUAUGCGAACAGCUAACCGAAGAGAAGGAAGCUCCCGUGACUCCGGGGAAAGUGCGCUCUGACCUGCCGACGUUCUCAUUCGACGAAGUGCAGCAGCACACGGGGGCGCAUAAGAACGGCACGUGGGUCGUCUACAAAUACGGCGUGUACGACAUCACCAAAUUCAUCGCGUCGCACCCUGGCGGCACCAAGAUUCUAUUGGCCGCGGGCAGCUCCAUCGAGCCGUUCUGGCAGCUAUAUGCUGCUCAUAACCACGCAGACGUACACAAGAUAUUGGAGAAGUUGCGGAUUGGCAACUUAAGAGAAGAAGACGUGGCGAUGCUAGAGAAGGUGCGGAAGGAGAGGUACGGCGACGGACCGUACGGCAAAGAUCCUACGCGUCACCCGGCCCUUAAAGUGAAUUCCAGUAUGCCAUUCAACGCCGAGCCACCUGCUGAACUGCUGAUGCAAUCGUUCAUCACCCCGAACGAUUUAUUCUUCGUGCGCAACCACUUGCCUGUUCCCGAAGUGGACAUUGCGAAUUACACUCUAAAGAUUUCUGGACUGGGUAUUGGCAGGGAGAAGCACAUAGAGUUCACACUAGACGACUUGAAGAGCAAGUUCAAGCACCACACAGUGACGACGACCGUGCAAUGUGCAGGCAAUCGACGUGCAGAGAUGUCGGGGGUGAAGCAGGUGAACGGCUUGAGUUGGGACACCACCGCCUUGUCUACGGCGAAUUGGACAGGUGUUCUGCUCUCGGAUGUGCUGGCGAGUAUCGGUAUUACCGACGAGGAUUCGCGACAAGGAGAGUGCGAGUGCGAGGUGGGAGAAAACAUGGAGACGUGUGACGACUGCAACACUGUCAUCCAACACGUUCAGUUCGAAGGACUCGAUGCCGACACGGAAGGCAACACGUACGGCGCUUCGAUCCCUGUGGCUACAGCGUUAGACCCCAGAAAGGACGUCCUCCUUGCAUUCGAGAUGAACGGAGAGACCAUCCCACGAGAUCACGGCUACCCGCUGCGCGUCAUCGUGCCAGGUACAGUGGGUGCUCGCAACGUGAAGUUCUUGCAUCGCGUCGUGCUCUCAAGCGAAGAAAGCCCCAGUUUCUGGCAACAGCGCGACUACAAAGGGUUCCCGCCGAACGUCGAUUACUCUCGGGAUGACUAUUGGAAGUUUGCUGGCGAUUCCAUCCAAGAACUUCCCGUGCAGUCUGCGAUCACAGAGCCUAAGAACGGGUCGAUUCACUUGGUAGACGAUGCCUCGGACAGCUCAAUUGUGACCGUGAAAGGCUACGCUUGGAGUGGCGGUGGUCGCAACAUCAUCCGAGUGGAUAUCUCGGUUGAUGGAGGCAAGACGUGGACUCCAGCGGAGCUUCACGAGUCCGGGAAACGUCAAAAGUAUAACCGCGCAUGGGCGUGGACUCCUUGGGAACUGGACGUGGACGUGCCGCCGGGUACCGAGAAGCUGGACAUCAUGUGUAAGGCGGUGGACGCUUCCUACAACGUUCAACCGGACACGAUCGCUCCUAUCUGGAACAUGAGAGGAGUGCUGAACAACGCGUGGCAUCGCGUGCAUGUGACAGUGGAGGAAUCCGACGAAGAAGAGGACGAGUAA